AUGUCGCGACCGUCCGUGCGAACCAUGGUCGCCAGCCUGGCGUGCUUCUUGUGUUUUUGGCUCGGCGUUUGGGCACGGAUAUGGUGGCAUGAGGAGCUGGACAGGAGUGAGAUUGAGAUGCUCAAGGCUGAGAAUGAACGGUGGAUCAAGCAAAGCGAAAAUUGCAUUGAAGAGUUGGAUGUCCUGAACGAACGGUGUCCUGUUCAGAGCGAUCCGAGCUGUGUCGAUGAGUUGAAGCGCCUUAAGCAGCGUUGCUCACGUGACGCUCAACAGAGUCUGGUAGGAGCAGCUUCUUUCUUCAAUGCGCUAAAGACCAUCGCUGUGACUGUCGCGGCGGCAGCGGUGGCUAUGGCCGCUGUGGCCCACCGCUGGACACACCGCCGGGUGGAGGCGCCAGAGCCAGGCGACGGUGGAGGCGCCGAGGACGCCGCGGAGGCGGCGGAGGCUCUGGCGACGGUGGAGGCGGUGGAGGCUCCUUCUCCAGCGCCAGAGUUGCAGCCGGAGACGGAGAAGGAGACAGCGACGCUUCCUUCCUCCUCCACCAGCGAUGCCAGCGAUUUGGUGGAUGAGGCGGGGAAUGACUCGGAGCAUUCCUCCUGCUUGGUUUCGAAGAACGACGCCGUCGAGCUCACCGAGCGGGUCGACCCACCAGGAGUGGCGACAGAAGCCGAAACGGACAUGUCUCAGCCGAAGAAGGAUGAUGCGAAGCCAACGCUUUUUGGCUUUGACAUGCUGGCAAGACCCAACAUUGAUCGGAUUGUCGAUUUCUUCGGCCCUCCGCUGUUGUGCAAGAUGGCCUACGGCUUGAGGCUCAUCAACAACAAUGCCACCUCCGGAGGGUCCGAAAGCCCCAGGGGCCGGGGAAUGGGCGAGGAAUGCCGCAUGCAGAAGUGUAAGAUGAUAGCAAAAGGAACGGCCGUGACUGGAUCUGCUUCGGCGACGAAGCCUUCCGCCGCGGUAGAGCUCGGCAGCUCAGGGCGGAUCUGGGACUUGGACUCACCACUCAGGGUGAAGACGGUGCAGGCUGAAUUGCCGCUGUCGCCCAAAGGAAGUGCAGCCAUGGAGGUCCGCCGCUCCUGGCAACGGGACCGGGCUUUGAAGCGUGCAGAGCGUGCGCAGAUGACCAUGCAGGCUCCACGUGGCUUGCCAGGUGCGACGCCCGCUCGCUGCGACCGAUCGGUGAUCGGUGAUGACGGGCUUGGCCGUGCUGCAGAAGUGGCACCGCCAAUGGCUCAGGGCUUCAAUGCGGCGAGCGCAUCGUGCAGCGAACCCUGUGACGUGGUGGAUGCCACCAACGAACAGCUCGUGCACAGCCGCUCCACUGGCGCCUUGACGGAGGAUCCCAUGAUGUCCUGGCGAGCAGCUGAGACCUUUCAGAAGCCGACGUUUCCGGUGUCCCAGUACCACUACUUCUCGGUGCCACACGUGGGGGUCGCCUUUGCCAAGAUCCCCGCCCCAGCGCCGGGCGACUCUCGCGUCGAGGCGGCUGAAAAGGCGGCCGAUCAGACGGAGAAGUACUUCUACUUCAGCGACCCGAUGAUCACCCGCUCCCAGAGUUUCGUCGUGGAGCAUCCGCAGCAUGGCCUGGCGAGGUUAUUGUCACCCUUGGUCAUUCUCACCCAUGCAUUGAACCUUCUCACCCUUGAAUUGGUUGGGGGCUUCUUCCAGGGUUGCGCGGCGGUGCCCUACCAUGUGCGAUGGGAGGAUGGAGGCCGUCUCCGCGUUCGGGGACUUUUUGGACUCCACUUGGCCCAAGCAGUGCUCGAGCAGCUGCCAGAGAGGUCGGGGCUUCCUCCAGCGGUGGGGUCGACCUGUUUUGAGUCCUUGGACUCCGACCUGGUGCAAGCGAGCCUUCGGGUACACAGCUUCGGAACGCCCAUCUUCGAGACGCAGAAUGAGCUGCAGGCCAACGCGGACUCCAGACUCCGCCUGUGCUGGCGAAAUCCGUCCCAUUGCUGGGCGGCAGUGGCCAAGAUGGAGUACAUCGACGUGGCGGCGGCGCUGGCUUCGGAGGAAGACGAUCUUUCCGGGUCCGGCUCCGCCACGUUCCUCUUGCUGAUGUCCCCUGCCUGCCAAAUGGAGGAGUCGGCGCUGCUGGCGGUGCGGCUGCUGGAGCGGGACGCAUCCAGCGAUGCGGCGACCAGCGGGGCGGAAGGUGUGGCCGAGGCCGAGGCUUUCCAGCGGCUGGUGGUGGUGGAGGUCCUUCUGCAGGAGCUCCAGCCCGGGCUCUUUGAGCAACCUCGAGUGCACCGACAGCUCGCAAGGUGGACCCCUUUUGAUCCUGAUGGGGAGCCCUAUCCUGAGGAGGAUGUGGAGGGCUUCACGCAACACUGCCACCGCGCUGCAGUGGGGCCCACGGAUACCCGCGCCCUUUGGCACCAGAUCUUUGGGCGAGUUCUCUGCAGUCCCAGCGUGGUCUCGCGACCCGAGGACUUCACCGGCUUUGCGGAGGGCUUGAAGAUCUACAUCCAGCCGUUGCCCAGCUUGGUGAAUGCCGACCGCUUGGUCGUGGCCAGUCUAGUGCGCUUGGCCUACAACUACACCUGCGAUGCUGGCAUUUUUCUUUGCAGUGAAGAUCGCUGGGAUGGCAGUUGGUCCACCUGGCGACAGUACAUAGGCGAAGUGGCUUUGCUGCAGAAGUUCCUCACGGCACCGCCGGAGGUCCUGGUGACCAAUGCCUCAGAGGCGGUGCAGAGGGAUGCAUCUCCUUCUCUUCCAGCGGAUCGAACAAGUCUUUUUUUCGAAGGUGAACGGAUCCAACUUCGAGGGACCACCCAUGACCUCAUCCUCGUGCCACUUUUGUCGCAAUUCCUGAGCAACUGGUGGAUCUUCAAGCAGGCGGCGCGCGGCUGCCCCCGGGAGCUUCUGAAGUACCUGAAGCACAUGGAGUGGCCUCAGAAGUAUGGCAUUCACGUCUUUCCCUAUGCGGAUCACAUGAUGAACAUGAGGGAACACGACGUGGGGGGCCUGCUCUCGAUCUACGCCAUGUCCACGGACACGAUCUUCAUCUCCUUCGGCACCGAGAUGGCCAGCCCUACGCACAUCACCAUGCCCUCCCUCCUGACGGAUCCAAAUCUGCAGCCUUCCGCUGAGGUGUUGAUGGAGAAGGAUAUCUUCCUGAUUUACUCAGAGAGCAUCGGCUGUUGCCACCCGGUGCGGAAGUUCCUCUAUGACAGCCUGGAGCGCUUCUGCGACCGCGCUGCUCCCGCGGCAGGGAGCACACGCGUCCAGCGCCGGUGUUUGCUGCAGCCGCGCAGCCGGUCCAAGCCCAGUGAUGCGACGGAGCCCUCACGGCAGACCCAUGGGCUUUCGCAGGCAGACCAGGCCUCGUUCAAUGAUGCGAUGCGCCGCAGCAUCUUCUGCCCCAUGGGGCCGGGGGAUACUCCUCACAGGCACAAGUUCUACCAUGCCAUCUUGGCGGGAUGCAUUCCGGUGCUCUUCGACUUCGUUUCCUACUUCCCGGGACAGAGGAGUUGGUGGCGCGAGUAUGGCUCUCCCUACCAGUACUCCGUGCCGUUCCCUGAGGACAUCCCUUAUGGAGACAUGGUGGUCGUGGUGCCCUGCGAAGACUACGCAGCCGCGGCGGAGCACCUGGUGCAACGGCUGCAGCGGAUGACGCUCGAGGAGAUCGCCCGUCGCCAAGCCUUGCUGCGGCGCGCGCGGCAGUUCAUGACCUUCCAGUGGGAUGGAUCUCAGCCGGACGCCUUCACGGCCAUCAUGCAGCGGAUUGGGCGCUUUGUGCGCAAGCAACCGCAGAUCCGGUAG